CACUGUGCUUGGUCAUCGAUUUUCGUAGACGGAGGAAUCCUUGAAGCGAUCAAUUUUGAGCGAUCCCGUUGUGACGACGCGCGAUGAUACCGCGCGACCGAGAGCUCGCAAAUAUUGUAUCGAUGACGGCGACGAAGUGAAUUGUGCGCGGCUGUGCGAGAAUGUGGGUUACGCGCGAUUAUUCGACGACCUGACUCGCCUCGACGAUGAUAUAAAAAGGAACAUGGAGGAACGAUCGACGAUGAUGCAUCGCGACGUGCCCCUGUUGCUGAUCACGUGGCUGACGAUUUUGUCGAUCGCGAACUGUCAGAGCGUCUGCCCUGCCAGGUGUCUAUGCUACCUGAACCAAAUACCCAGGACUAUCGAGUGCUCGAGGCAAGGAUUACAGACAUUCCCCGAAAAUAUCAGUGACAUUGUCGAGCAUCUGGAUUUGUCGAGCAAUUUUUUAACUGAGAUCACGGACAAGAUUAAUCGACUGACUGAGCUGCAGUAUUUGAAUCUGGCCAAGAAUCAGCUCACUUCCCUGCCAAAUAAUCUUGAAGAAUUAAUAAAUUUGCGAAGACUAGAUCUAUCAGAUAACAUUAUCGCAAACACGGCAGAUAUUGCUUCCAUUAACCAGCUACCGUCCCUAAGGGUUCUAUACAUCUCAAAGAAUCAAUUACUUGACUUAAAAGGGUUAACCAGCGAGGUACUUCAGGCAGUGGAUGCCGGCCAUUGCCUUAUAAGGGAACUCGGUAAUGCAUCUUUGAAUGGACUGCCAGGUCUUACGACACUGAAUCUCGCGGGAAAUCCGUUGAAGAUUAUUCAAACGCCUGUCAGUAGGACACUGCGAUGGUUGGACAUGUCCGAUUGCAAUUUGAAUUACCUAUAUCCAGAUACUUUGAGUAGACUUCCAGAACUAGAAGAACUACGAUUGGUCAACAAUCCUACGUUAGUUUAUAGUACUCGACCCUCGACCUUACAACAUUCGAAGCUGAAGAGACUGGACGUAUCGAGAUGUACUCUCGAUAGACCCGGUCUUCACGGUUUUCCGUCGUUGACGCACGCUUAUCUUUCUCACAAUACGAUUCAUAUACUGCCGGAUCGUAUAUUCGCCAAGAACAAGCAGCUGAUGCAUCUGUACCUGAAUGCGAAUAGUCUUGAGCGAUUGAACGCCAGCACUUUCGACGGCCUAAUGAAGCUUCAGACGCUUGAUCUGUCUGCGAACAAUCUCGAGGAUGUUCCCGAGAUGAUGUUCCAGGAAAACAUAGAUCUCAGGCUGCUAAAUCUUUCCUACAACUCUCUACACCGAUUUCCGGAUUUCUUGUCUUUCGUUACGUCCCUGGAUCUGUCCUUCAAUCUGAUCAGCCGCUUUAAUGCAAAUUCUCUGGAGAACAUGCCUAGGAUCAGAAGUUUAAACUUGAGGAAUAAUCAACUGCAAUUGUUGCCACGCAGCUUAAAAUCAAAAACAUUAAAAGUACUAGAUGUGCAGAAAAACAGACUCGUCGAGUUGCACAAUAACAGCUUCGCUGAAUUACCGUCGUUGCAAAAAAUCGACUUGUCAGGAAAUCGCUUGACGGAGGCGAUGGAUCCUGAUAUAUUUGAACACAAUUUAGAUUUGACCGUAAUCCGUUUAGAGGAUAAUCCGUGGAGAUGCGACUGCACGCAACUCUACGACACCUUCGAAUAUUUAACGGUUCCUGUCGGCAAAACGGUGGGAUCGAGCUUGAUUUGCCAGAGUCCGGCGAACGUUUCCGGCUACUCGUGGGAAGCCGCGUGUUUGGAUGCUUGGAACACCGACUUGUAUUACAACAAAGAUAGAACUUGGGGAAUGGUAAUGGUCAGCUUGCUCAUUCUGGUCGUUAUGUGUGGCAGCGUGGUAUCGAUCAAACAUACUAUGAGAAUAAAAAGAAGAGUUCUAGAGCACAGGCGGCAACUCGAAUUGUCAGAGGAGAGAGAAAGAUUACGACUUUUGUAUGCAAGACGAAAUCAACGUUUGGAAGAAGAAAUAGAAAAUCUAGAGAAUUCAGCGGAACCCAGAAUUAAUCCUCUGGAAUUAAUCGGUCCACCCAGCUAUGAGGAUGCAGUCCACAUGCCCAGAUUAGUUCAUUCCAUGGAUGCUUUAAACGAGAUCUCCGUUGAAGAUGGUAUUCUGCGCCCCAUGAGUUCCGUGGAUAAUCUACGGGUGAAGAAGAGGAGAACGAGAAGAACGAAGACGAAUCGAAAACGAACUCAGAGCGAGGACGAUCUGUUGAGACGAGAAGAACGUCGGCAGGAACGGAUCAGAAGAGAAAGGAAUAAUUCCAGUGGCAAUAUCUGCGAGACCAUGGAUCAAACGCAAAAUACGAAUCCCAGGAAUUCUAGGGUCUCGACGGCGCGCAGGUCCAGGAGGCACAGCGUCGUAGAGGAGUCCUUGGAAUCCAGUAGUAGCAAGGACAGACCGAGGCCACAAACCCCUAACACGAAAAAGAAAAGGAGAAGACAGAUGUUUCGAGACGAACAUGUGACCGAUGACGAGGCUUCCGACGUCCAGAUAAUGAAUUUUAACCGAUCCAUUGUCAUCAGGGAACUUCGACGUGAACCCAGAAGCGGUUAUAAAGAUUCAUUCGUACAACGCGAAUCGUAAACUAGAUUAUUUAAAUUAUUUCAAGCACAUACGAUUAAUUGUUUGAUACUUUUAAUAAAAAUAUAAGGACUAGAUCGCGAGAGAAUUUUCUGCAGAAGCUUUAUUGCAUUUUGUGCAAAAACGUGACUGUUUAAAGAGCGUAAAAUUUGUCUUUUUGACACAAAAGUUAUCUAAGAGAAUAAUACGAUCACAUAUUUAAUGCUAAAUCAACAAAAUGGGUAUUGAUCUGAUAAAUAUUCUGCCAAAAAAAAAAAAUUAAUACAAAUAAUAAAUAAAAUCAUUUUUUAGAAAAGAUUUGCGCUAGAAAAGGAUAAAAGUACGAACAUCUUUUCUUGAAACACUGCCUCUUCUGUCAAGUUUUUACCUGUAAUAACGUCACAUUUUUUUAUAUCAAUUCGAAUAGCGUCAAUCUUAAAUUACGGUUUUUUUUGUCAAUCUGAGAAAAAUUAAAAUUCUUGAAGAUUAUAGUUAUAAAUCUAUAUCAUCCCUUAUAUUAUUAUAUCAUUUAUAAGAAUAAAAAAAGCGAAAAGAAAAAAUAGAGAGCCGACAUAAUACGCAUAGAUUAUAAAUGAUUAUAAAUGAUUAAACACUUAGGAGUAUAUCUUCAAUAAUACUCCAGUUAUCCAUUAUCAGAUUUUUUGUAGUUUUAGAUAAUUUUACAUAACAGAAAUAUUAUGUGCACACACAUUUUACUUACAACGGUCGUCAUCUAUCUAUGUAAUAAGUUGAUUAUUACGGAAGAAAUACAGAGAUAUUUAAGA